CGCCCGCCACAUCACCAGAAUGGCGGAACAGGAGCAGGGCCGGGAGUGCGCCUCCCUGCUGUCACAGCUCUCACAGCGGAUGUCACUGAUGGAGACCGGCCUCCGUUAAUACGUUAAUACGGAUCUGUAGUCCGGACACCACACAGGUGGUCCCUGAAGUCCAAGAACCAGCUGCAGCAACCGUGUCACAUCGUGUGUGUGUGUAUCCCUCCGCCAAGUGACUUCCUGAUGCUGUGACUUGGAACGGUGCCUUUUAGCUCUUUGAACUACACCGUGGGAAUAAUUUAGCCUGGGUAAAGAGUUUUAAAAAGCAGGUGAUGGAUUUAUUCGGGCUGGUUUAUCUGGACGAGCUGUCCCACGGACUGGCAAACUUGUCCAUGUUUCCGUACUUCGACAUGGCGCACUAUAUCGUGUCGGUCGUGGCUCUGAGACAGCAGCCAGGAGCUCUGGAGGUGUCCCGGGCUAGCCCCUUAGCAUGCUGGUUUAGUUCCAUGCUGUACUGUUUUGGUGGUGCUAUACUAUCCAGCAUCAUGAUGGCCGAGCCGCCUGUGACACCACUGUCCAGGAGUACCAGUGUUCUCCAUGCUUCAGUCAUCUGGUACCUGGUGUUUUACUGCCCUUGGGACCUGGUGUAUUCUUGCGCUUCCCUGCUGCCUUUCAAGCUGGUGCUGGCAGGAAUGAAAGAAGUGACCAGGACAUGGAAAGUGCUAAGUGGAGUCUCUCAGGCACACGGCAAAUACAAGGAUGGCUUGUUGGUCAUGAUUGCUGUUGGCUGGGCUAGAGGUGCUGGAGGAGGUCUGAUGAGUAAUUUCGAACAACUUGUUCGAGGUGUUUGGAAACCUGAAACAAAUGAACUCCUCAAAAUGUCAUACCCCACUAAGGUCACCCUGAUCGGGGCAGUGCUGUUUGCUCUGCAGCAAACCCAGCACCUGCCAAUCCAGAAGCACCACCUGAUGCUGAUGUACACCGUCUUCAUCGUCAUUAUCAAGACAAAAAUGCUGUUGACCAGCACCACCGACUCGCCCUUCGCGGCGGUCGAGUCGGCUGUCUACCGGACCUUGUUCAGUGGCCACUCGCCUUACACCCCCCUCGCCUGCGAAGUAAAGAGAGCGUCCAUCAAUAACGGCACAGUAAACGGAAUGACCUCCUCCGCUGCAGCCAAAGAGCGGCGUGACAGCGGAGCAACAUGUAGGUGUCCUUCUCCCUCCUCUGCCAACGAAAACGAGGCUCGUCUUGAAGAUGAGUCCAAAACCGCAGAGACCAAAAACUGCAAGAAGACGGACUAGUCGGUCCGACGUCUUUAACACCAGGUUGUUUUCUGAUUCGUGGAAGAAGGUCAUGUUUUUCCUUUUCCAUCUUCAGUGCACCAUUAUCACGAUAGCUUUUCUUUUGGUUCCAAAGUUAUAAUUUUUAUAUUAUUGGAAUGAUAAAUGUAAUGGGUGGUGUGUGGGCCAACGUUAAAUAGAUGUAGAACCAGGAUUAGCUUGUUUUUUGUUUUGUUUUUUUUUUAAAGGGGGUGGGGCUUGAGUGUUCUGAAACAUACAUGGACUCAGUAUAAUAUGGUGGAAGUGUUGGAAUGUGGGUUGGGCUGGAAAGGCUCCAUAGGCCUUGGUGAAGGUAUGUGCUAGUCAAGAGUCGCACUGUUGACUUGUUGACUUCUUUUUUUUUUGGGGGGGGGGGGGGGGGGGUAAAUCAUCCCUUCAUAACCUGGGAUACUGUGAUAUUUGAUGCUGCUGGGUUUGUUUAAACCUCCAGCACUUGUGCUGAUUACAGACUCGCUCAACAGUAUUUAGCUCGGUCUUUUCCAAUGAUUCUGAGUCCUCGCUGGGUUUUGGGAACAGUGCUGUGCACCUGCUGAACUAUGACUUUCUACACAUCUUUGUCUUUCUGCCUGUAUAUAUUCCCGUCCAGUGUAAAUUGUAUUUUUGCUACUCUGAAACAAGACUUAUAAAGAAAAGAUUAUAUUCUAUGAUCACAGAGAUUCUAUUCUAUUUAUAAUGAAUAAAUUGCACUUUUGAAUGUUAACAUUUUGAAACAAAUGACAGCUUUAUAGUCAUUUUCCUGCUGAAUUCUUUGUGUUACAAUUGAAAUCACAUGAAUAAAUACUUUUCAGGGGA